AUGUCUCCUGAUAUUUUUUUGAAAGUCUUUGCUGAAUUUUUCCUCAUGGGAUUUUCGAAUUCCUGGGAUAUUCAGAUUGUACAUGCUGCUGUAUUCUUCUUAGUUUACCUGGUAGCUCUCAUAGGAAAUCUCCUAAUCAUCAUGCUUACCACUCUGGAUGUUCACCUCCAAACCUCAAUGUAUUUCUUUUUGAGAAACUUGUCUUUCUUAGAUUUUUGUUACAUCUCUGUCACAAUUCCAAAAUCUAUUGUCAGUUCCUUGACUCAUGAUACUUGCAUUUCUUUCUUUGGGUGUGCUCUGCAAGCCUUCUUUUUCAUGGACUUGGCGACUACUGAGGUAGCCAUCCUUACAGUGAUGUCCUGUGACCGCUAUGUGGUCAUCUGCCGGCCCUUACAGUAUGAGGUCAUCAUAAACCAAGGCGUCUGUAUAAGGAUGAUGGCAAUGUCAUGGCUCAGUGGGGUGAUCUGUGGAUUCAUGCAUGUGACGGCAACAUUCUCAUUACCAUUCUGUGGGCACAAUAGAAUACGUCAAUUUUUCUGUAAUAUUCCACAGCUCCUAAGCCUCUUAGAUCCCAAAAUAAUUACCAUUGAGAUUGGAGUAAUGGUUUUUGUUACAAGUCUUGUGAUAAUCUCCUUUGCUGUAAUUACUCUUUCCUACAUGUACAUUUUUUCAGUCAUCAUGAGGAUUCCUUCUAGGGAGGGUAGAUCAAAAACAUUUUCUACCUGCAUUCCACAUCUUGUGGUUGUAACACUCUUUAUGAUAUCCGGCAGCAUUGCCUAUGUGAAGCCAAUUUCAAAUUCUCCCUCGGUUCUGGCUGUUUUCCUGUCUGUGUUCUACACAGUUGUGCCCCCAAUCCUGAACCCUAUCAUCUAUAGUCUGAGGAACAGAGACAUGAAGGCAGCCCUGAGAAGGCAGUGUGGCUGCACAUACAGCAGUACCCUGCCCUGA